GCGCGCCCGGCCGGUCUUAUAGGGGCCGUAGCCGGCAGCGGGCACGGCGCUCGGUGGACGGCGGACGGCGGGGACAUGGCGGCUGUGCUGUUCGCGCUGCUGGCGCUCGCGCUGCUGCGCGCCGGGGGCGCCUCUGCGGCAGCUGGCUUUGUGCGGCCCCCACUGUCGCAGGAGGGGCGGGCGGGGGGCAGCGUGGAGCUGCACUGUGAGGCCGUGGGCCGCCCGGUCCCCGAGAUCCAGUGGUGGUUUGAAGGGGACGGCCCCGGCGACGGCAGCUCCCAGCUCUGGGACGGCGCCCGGCAGGGCCGCGUGCACAUCCACGCUGCCUACCGCGAGCACGCGGCCAGCACCGUGUCCAUCGCCCAGCUCAGCGCCGAGGACGCGGGCACCUACGAGUGCCGGGCCAGCAACGACCCCGACCGCAACCACCUGACCCGGCCGCCCAGGGUCAAGUGGGUCCGUGCCCAGGCCAGCCUGGCGGUCCUGGAACCGGGCACCGUGACGACUUCUGUGCAGAGCGGGGAUUCCUGGGUGCAGCUCACCUGUACCUUGAACACCAGCGCCGCGGGCGUCACUGGGCACCGCUGGCUGAAAGGGAAGGAAGUGGUGAAGGAGGACCAGCUGCAGGGCCUGCACACCGAGCACAACGUGACCGGGGACGACAGGUUUGGCAAGUACUCCUGCCUCUUCCUCCCCAAGGACACGGGCGAGGCCACGCUGACCGUGGACGGGCCCCCCAGAAUUAAGGCUGUGAAGAAGUCGGAGCACGCCAACGAGGGCGAUUCGGUCACCCUGCUGUGCAAGUCGGAGUCCUUCCCCUCCGUGACCGCCUGGGUCUGGUACAAGGUGGCCGACUCCGGGGACCAGGUCAUCCAGAACGGCUCCCAGAGCAGGUUCUUCAUCAGCCACUCGGAGGCCCAGUCGGAGCUGCACAUCAAGGACCUGGACCUGACCUCCGACCCCGGCGAGUACGCCUGCAACGGCACCAGCCUGCAGGGCACGGACACGGCGGUGGUCACCCUGCGCGUGCGCAGCCGCCUGGCCGCCCUCUGGCCCUUCCUGGGCAUCGUGGCCGAGGUGCUGGUGCUGGUCACCGUCAUCUUCAUCUACGAGAAGCGGCAGCCGGAUGAGGUGCUGGACGACGAGGACGCCGGUGCCGCGCCACUGAAAAGCAGCGGGCACCACGUGAAUGACGACAAGGGCAAGAAUGUCCGACAGAGGAACGCCAGCUGAGCCGGCCGCUCCGGGUUGGGGUGCAGCUGCGAGGAGCUGAGCCCUGCCCACCAAGGGUCCGCCCAGGGCUGGAGGCCACACCCCUACACCUGCCUGCUCCAAGGCUCCGCCCAGGGCUGAAGGCCACACCCUUACACCUGCCCUCCAGGCCCUUGUGGGGGGGGGGGACACCUGCCCUUUGAGGAAGGUCACAGGAGGCCCGGCCUCCAGCCUGUCUGGCCACGCCCUGCGCUUCCAUUUUUAUUCCUGGCUUCUGAGGGCACAGGACAGCUGUGGGGCCUCAGCUGCCCGCAGGGUGGCAGCCUCGUCCCCCAAUAAAGACUGACCCCACCCGUG